GCAGCAGGCGAUCUGGAGACCCAAACAGUGAGGGGCUGAUCGGUGUUUGCGGAGGAUCCAGGCGGCCUUUGGCGGCGGUAAUGUCCCCUUGGGCCUGCCUUUAGAGGUUGUACUGUAACCCACACCGCUGGAGACCUCUAAGCACUGUCUGACCGACUCCCAUGGAAAUGGCUCAUAUUCGAGACUUCAGUAUCCAGAAUGCUCGCAUGGACCCUGAGGAACUCUUUACAAAACAAGAACGGAUUGGGAAAGGUUCGUUUGGUGAAGUGUACAAAGGAAUAGAGAACAGAAGCAAAGAAGUUGUGGCGAUUAAAAUCAUUGACCUAGAGGAGGCAGAAGAUGAGAUUGAAGACAUCCAACAGGAGAUUACUGUGCUUAGCCAAUGUGAUAGCCCAUAUGUCACAAAGUACUAUGGCUCUUACUUAAAGGGCACCAAAUUGUGGAUAAUCAUGGAGUAUCUGGGUGGAGGUUCUGCAUUGGACUUGCUGAAACCAGGCCCCCUGGAGGAGACUUACAUUGCAACGAUCCUACGGGAAAUACUUAAAGGUUUAGACUAUCUGCACUCAGAACGAAAAAUUCAUCGAGAUAUUAAAGCUGCUAAUGUACUUCUGUCAGAGCAAGGAGACGUGAAGCUUGCAGACUUUGGGGUAGCUGGGCAAUUAACAGACACACAGAUAAAGAGAAACACGUUCGUAGGGACACCCUUCUGGAUGGCACCAGAAGUCAUCAAGCAGUCUGCGUACGACUUCAAGGCAGAUAUCUGGUCCCUUGGAAUAACUGCAAUUGAAUUAGCAAAGGGAGAACCCCCUAAUUCAGAGCUGCAUCCUAUGCGAGUUCUUUUCCUGAUUCCCAAGAACAACCCCCCAACUCUGGAAGGAAACCACAGCAAGCCCUUCAAAGAGUUUGUCGAGGCCUGUCUAAACAAGGAUCCCAAAUUUAGACCGACAGCAAAAGAGCUCCUGAAACACAAAUAUAUCCAGCGCUACACAAAGAAAACCUCCUACCUAACAGAAUUGAUUGACCGUUAUAAGCGCUGGAAGUCCGAGGGUCAUGGUGAGGAGUCUAGCUCUGAAGAUUCGGACCUGGAAGCUGAUGCAGAUGAACGGGAUCAGUGUCCAGUUUGGACUUUCCCCACUGUACGUCCCAGCACCUUAAGCAAGCUGCAGAACGGAAUGCCUGUUCCUACUUCUCAGAAGCCCUUGGAGCCCAUGAAAAGACAGCCAAAAUCAAAGUGCUUGACAACCCUGGUCAACCCCAUGUUCAGAGAGCUACAAGAGAAGCACAAAGUCAGCGGUGGAAACCUGGGUGCCAUUGAAGAGCUAGAGAAUGCUUUUAACCUGGCAGAGGAGUCCUGCCCAGGUAUUUCAGACAAAUUGGUAGCACACAUGGUGGAGCGGGUACGAAGGUAUUCGCUCAGCGGAUCCAGCAAGAAUUCAGCACGGUGAACAUCUCGGCACCUCCAGGGACUUCCCAAGUGCCCCAUGAACCCAGCGCCCAACAACACCCCUCCUGCUGCAGUUAGGAAAGCCCGUGGCUGCUGAUGCCAGUGCUUCAUGGUCGUGGCGACAAGACUCGAUCACACUGUUGGAUCAGAACUGAAUAUCUUUUACUUUUAUCACUGCCACCAUGAGGAGUGGCACCAAAUAAGAGGGGUUGAUAUUUUUUUUUGUUUAAAUUAGAAGUUAUAAUAUUUUUACAUUUUCUUUAUAUACAGAGAAAGUGAAUUGAUUGGUGCAUAUCAAACUGUAUUAGUAGAAAUGUACAAUGUGAAAAAGAGACAGUAACUCUUUUGCUUUCCUGUCUAGAUUUUGUUUCAGAAUUCAGAGGUCUUUUUUUAUGGUUUUAAAAAUAAGUAAACCUUGUAAUAAGGGUGCAAGUACGUGGAUUAUACACAUUCAGGAUAAAGGGUCCUAAACAGUGGAUAACCUUCCCUGAGCUACUCCUUUUAAGGUGUGACUACAUUGUGCUGCAACUGAUUGGGCGAAAGUAGCGAGAGGAGUUGAUGGUGAAGCUUAUUCAGAUUGAAGAUCAGGCAGGUCACACUCUCAAUUCUCUGUGAAGGCAUUCUGGCUUUACAGUCAAAAUGCGUCUCACCUCUUAAUUCAGAAGCCUGUGUCUUUCAAUCACUACAACCUUCACUGGACCCAUCGGGAGAGGCUUCUCAUAUGUGUGACAACCUGCUAGAUGGAACCCUGCACUAAGGAGAGCCUCGCCUGACUCUUAAGCAGCACUGAGUUACAGUUGGAGAUUCAGGUCAGCAAUCGAAAAGAUUAGCUCAGACUAGCUGGAAGGGAGGAUUUGUGUUGGUACAGAAAGGAUUGAAAAAGAUUUUAUUUAAAGAGAAACACUUGCAUGCAGCUCCAUCAGUGACAAAACUUCUACUCUUAAGUAUCCCUCAAUCUGAACAAGUAUUAUCACGCCCCUCCAAUUAAAUGUGACCCCUGCCGCAGCCCACAUCUUUCUUAAUACUCCCAAUUUACUGAGACCUGCAGAAGCGGUCCUGUCUCUUUAAAGACCAGUUCCACAAUGCUAUAAAAGCCAGGGUUGCCUGAAAGGGUGUAGUUCAUAUUCAUGCCUGCUGGAGCGUAGCCACUUCCACCUGCGAUUAUGCCAAGGCUCUCUGCCUUUGUUUUCCUCCAUCCUGUUUGGUGCAAAAAAUCAAGGUAACCCCCUCCAUCCCGGAAUCUCAGUUGUUAGGGGGAGAUCUGGCCUGGCGUUUUAAUCAAGCCAAAGCCAGUGGAGCAGAACCGAACUCUGAUUGAUUUAUGGAGAAAUUUGACAUGAAUGUCUGAAACCUGAACUUGGUAUAAUCUGAGACUGCCGCUCUCCCUGACCUCACUGCAUGCUUCAUUUCUGAGCAGUUGCCACUGGCAAAUGAAUGACCAGCAGACGGUUAGAAGAGAUUGUGCAUCCUUGACCGUCUGUGGGUAGACCCAAGAGAUAGAUUCCCAGAAUAUACUUUACUCUCCCCGCCCUCUCCGAUUUGUGCUAUCAAUACUCCAAAGAACAGGAAUUUGCAAACUUGUGGAAGAACUGUUGCUUUUAUCUACUUUACAGCAAGCGCGUUGCUGUCACCAAUGGAUCUCCAUGUUCCAGGAGACCUUGGGAACUUUUUCAGUCUUUCAACUGAACCACUGUUGGCCAAUAUCUUUAAUGGGCAUCGACAUAGCCUUUCCUACUGAAUAAACAGGGAUAACAUUAGCAGGGUGUGGCAAAAGGAACAUUUUAUCCAUCUAAUCUAAAGGGACAUUUCUUUAUCUCACUUCAUGUAGCUGACACCAGUUACCAUAAUUUCCUGUAUCCCACCUUGAUUUGGGUGUUUUCUUUUUCCCCGAAGUACAGAUGUUUCAAUGCGUAAGUAGGAAACCAUUCAGUUAGAUUCUGUUGUGUAACUUGGGAUCAGUAUUAAUUCUGAAUGGAUUCUGUGUAUGGCCUUAAAAGGCUAGUUAGACCAGAAUGUUUUGCUUUUACACCUUGCAUUGCGAAGAGAAACAAAAUGGCUGAUGAUACCAUCAUGAAAUAUGGACAGCAUAUUGUUCUGCUAGUACAAUGAAAGUUUGACGCAAAUGCCAUGAUGUAGCAACUAGGAGGAGACCGUAAAAGAGCCAAGUGGAACAAGUGAGAGUUGCAGGUUUAUUUGAGGGCUUGUAGGGAGACUAAAGUGUAGGAUCACAACACCCCUUAUACAGAUAACAGUUGUGGGAAGAAUAGACUUUGAACAGUAUUAUCCAAGAAUGGACAGAGUUAGUAUUAAGAGUAACUAGGAUACCACUCCUCUAAUGUAAAGGGAAAAAGAAGCGUGCAUAUCUGUUUGUAAAAAUACCAUUGGCAACAUCUAGAAAAACAACUGACCAGCAUCAAAACAUUCAGGGGUAACAUUCCCAAGGGAGUCUCCCACUGUGACUUGGGAAUAUCCCAAUGAAAUGAUGUGAAGGGCUGUUUUCCAUGUUUUACCAGCAUCUACACUAGGGGUCUGGGGAAUUGCAUCCUGGUUUGUUUGUAGAAUUUGGUUUGCUACUGAACGCAGAAACGGUGAUUCAACAAAUUAUUUCUUGGUUUCACCUUUCAUCGUGGGCUUCUCCAUCUUUUGGGACGCCGGGUCUGACGCCCAACAGUCUGCAGUUCUAAAUUCCAGGCACCUGCACCACAAUGACAGAAAAACACAAGCCAUCGAGCAGUUGAUACGUUGUGCCCUCUCACUGUGUCCUACAUUGGCCCUGCAAUUUCAGUGGAUGAAGAAGUGAACAUAAAGGACUCUUGUUGUUAAAUUCCAUAGCCAUGUCAGUGAAACUGGGAACUGUGUUCUUGUAUGUCCAGUGUUUGUAUACUGUGUACAAGUGCACACCUGGUCCUUGCAACCCAUUUAUGACCUAUUUUAAAGUCCAGUUUAGGUUUGGUUGUAGUUAUUUAUGGUGAAGGAGGGUAUCCGUGCUCUUGGAGCUGCGGAUCGCAUUUUAUAUACAGUGUAAUGGACAAGAAUAAAAUAUAAGAAUGGAA